UACCCCUCCUCUGCCCUCUGCGCACCACAGCAAGUCUUGCUUAGCGCUCUUAGCUUCUUCUUCCUCUUUACUCUCUCUUCCUUCCCUCCUCAUGGCUGCCUCCGUUGAUCCUCUCGUUGUUGGGCGAGUGAUCGGAGAUGUGGUGGACAUGUUUGUCCCAACUGUGAACAUGUCUGUCUACUUUGGGUCCAAGCAUGUCACCAAUGGCUGCGAUAUCAAACCUUCCAUGGCCAUCAACCCCCCCAAGAUCACAGUCUCUGGUCAGCCCGGCGAGCUCUACACUCUGGUGAUGACUGACCCUGAUGCUCCGAGCCCGAGUGAGCCGAGCAUGAGGGAGUGGGUCCAUUGGAUCGUGGCUGAUAUCCCUGCAGGAACAAGCCCUGUUAGAGGGAAAGAGAUACUGGCUUACGUGGGUCCGAGGCCACCAGUGGGAAUUCACCGCUACAUUCUGGUGCUGUUUCAGCAGAAGGGUCCGAUGGGGCUGGUGGAGCAGCCAUCCUCUCGUGCGCACUUCAACACUCGGUUUUUCUCUGCGCAGCUCGACCUUGGACUGCCUGUUUCCACCGUCUACUUCAACUCCCAGAAGGAACCAGCAAACAGGAGGCGCUGAUCAGCUAGCUCAGCGUUAAUUUCCAUAUAAUCAAUCAUAUCAUACAACUGGAGAUAUCAAGUGGUGAUGAUGUGUGAAGUGAUGGUGAAUCAAGGAAAAAGAAGUUCAUGAGAUAUCAUUAGUGCAAGAAUUUAAUGAAUAAAUGAGGAUGAGAGUGUACCCUGUUAAUGUGUCUUUAAUUAAGUUUUUAUUAUAGAUUAAGAAUGUUAAUUAUGUGUAGCCAGCUAGGGUGGGUGUUUCUCACUCUUAAUUAUAAAGUCUCUCUCUC